ACGGGGACUCCAUUCCUUGCCCCCGCCCCGCCCUGUUGUCAUCCCUACAGGUAAGUAAUUCCUUUAAUUUAUUUCUAAAUGCUUUUUUAUGUUUCUUUUUGGUGUAUGCAAUCUGUUUGAAGAAAUGUCUAAAAGGCAAUUUCUCCUUGUGGGUCAACUUUGAACUGUAUAUUUGUAUGGAUAAAUUGUAGUUAGAUCUGGCCUUUGAGGAGGUUAAUUCGUUUUGAACUCUGAUGUAUGAGUAGUUGCUUGUCUGGUUGUUGGUUUCUUAUAUUUUUGGGCAUUCAUUUCGAUUUUCACUGAGUGUAAUAUUACUGGAAACCUAAAUCUUAUUCUGACAAAAAAAAUUCGAAUUGUUUAAAUAUUACUGUGUUAAGCUUCUGAAUUCUUGACGGUGUUAUUGUGCCUGAACUGAGAGAUGCCAUUUCUUCACCUGGGAUCAACGAAAGCAUCUGAUUGAGUUGAAGCAAGGAUGAUUGCAACAUUAUCUGGUUCAAGAAGAAGAAUCUCUACUUUUUGUUAUCUAUGUGACAGAAGUAAGCAGACAGACAGCGAAAUUGUUAAAAUGUUUCAACUUUCAAAUCCUAAAGUGAACACAGUAAAUUAUGCCUUGAAUCGGACAUCUUCGCAAAGAAAUAGUGCUGUAAGGACAUUGGAUGAGAGGUUCAUUAGGAUUUUAAAAAUAUUUAAGUGGGGUCCUGAUGCUGAAAAGUCUUUAGAGGUCCUACAGAUGAAAGUGGAUCAUCUAUUGGUUCGUGAGGUAUUGAAAGUAGAUGUAGAGGUCACUACGAAAAUUGAGUUUUUCAAGUGGGCUGGGAAAAGAAGGAACUUUGAGCAUGACUCCACUACAUACUUGGCUUUGAUCCAUUGUCUUGAAGAAGCAGGGUUGACAGGUCAACUAUGGAGAAAAAUCCAAGAAAUGGUGAGGAGUAAAUGCCUAAUUUCCCCUAGUGAUCUUUCUGAGAUUGUGAGGGUUUUAGGGAGAGCAAAAAUGGUAAGCAAAGCUCUUAUUGUAUUUUUCCAGAUCAAAGGUCGCAAGUGCAAGCCAACUGCAACCACUUACAACUCUGUAAUUUUAAUGCUGAUGCAAGAAGGUCAGCAUGAGAAAGUUUAUGAGCUUUACAAUGAAAUGUGUACUGAAGGUAACUGUUAUCCAGACACAGUAACGUAUACUGCACUUAUAUCAGCAUUCACAAAACUAGGCCAAGAUGAUUCUGCUCUGAGGUUGUUUGAUGAAAUGAAGGAGAAUGGUUUACAUCCCACUGCAAGGAUAUACACUACUUUGUUAGGAGUUUACUUCAAGAAGCAUAGCAUUGAAAAGGCUCUAGGGUUAGUCCAUGAGAUGAAGGAAAAAGGUUGUCCUCCAACUGUUUAUACUUACACUGAAUUGAUAAAGGGCCUUGGCAGAGCUGGUAGAACUGAAGAAGCUUAUUCUAUAUUCCUUAAUAUUCUAAAAGAUGGUUGUAAACCUGAUGUUGUACUACUAAAUAAUGUCAUGAAUAUUCUAGCAAGGGCAGGACGCGUAGAUGAUGCUCAUAAACUGUUUGAGGAAAUGGAGUCCUUAAAUUGUACUCCAAAUGUGGUGACCUAUAAUACUGUUAUAAAGUCUUUGUUUCAAUCCAAAGGUCCAGUACCUGAAGCUUCAUCAUGGUUUGAAAGGAUGAAGGCAAAUGGUGUUGCGCCAAGCUCUUUCACUUAUUCAAUAUUUAUUGAUGGGUAUUGCAAGACAAAUAGGGUUGAAAAGGCUUUGAUGCUGCUUGAGGAGAUGGAUGAGAAGGGUUUUCCUCCCUGUCCAGCUGCCUAUUGCAGCUUGAUUAACACUCUUGGAAAAGCAAAACGCUAUGAAGCUGCAAAUGAGUUAUUUCAGGAGCUAAAGGAGAAUUGUGGGUCUUCAAGUGCUAGGGUAUAUGCAGUGAUGAUAAAACAUUUUGGUAAAUGUGGACGUUUGUCUGAGGCUGUUGAUCUUUUCAACGAAAUGAAAACGUUGGGAUGCCGUCCUGAUGUCUAUGCAUACAAUGCUCUUAUGUCAGGGCUUGUAAGGGCUGGCUUGGUAGAUGAAGCUCAUUCCUGGCUUCAAAAUAUGGUAGAAAGUGAUUGUGUUCCUGAUAUUAACUCAUACAAUAUAAUCCUAAAUGGUUUAGCUAAGAAAGGUGGUCCACAACGUGCAAUUGACAUGUUUAUGAAAAUGAAACAAUCUGACGUUAAACCAGAUGCUAUCUCAUACAACACCAUUCUUGGUUGUCUCAGUCGUGCUGGUAUGUUUGAGGAGGCUGCAAGGUUGAUGAAAGAGAUGCAUACAAAUGGUUUUGAAUAUGAUCUUAUUACAUACACAUCAAUACUUGAAGCUGUUGGUCAGUUUAAUGAAGAUCAUACAAGUAGAGCUUUGUGAAAGCUAUGUUUUUGAGGACUUGCUACUAAAUGCCUAAAUAGCAAAGGUAGAAAGCACAGGAUGUGUGUCCAAGUUCAUAUGACUCAAAUGUUUUGUUCUGGUGGCUUUUGUACUGCUGCAACUUGUACCAUUUUUUGUAAAGGAAAAAUAUUUGAUACACUGCUGGUGUAUAGGUGCAAAAUAUUUUUCCUUUUGUAAAAGGGUCUAAAUAUUCACCUAUGUGAACCACAGAUUAAUCCUGAAGUCAUGGCAUCCCUCUCUAUCCACCGCAUACAUCUAUGAAUCUUCUGACAUUACAGGCUAACCUGGCACUCUCCUACAAGCAGAAGUGCAUAGCAAAAUGUCUCUGAAAUGGACCAGAAACACCAAGUUGAGGUUUUACUCUCCUAGAGAGUGCUUUGGAUUGCUGCUCGUUGCACUCUAUACAUUGACACAGGAGCAGAAAACAACAUUGGUACAUGUAAGCUCUCUGUGUACGCUUGGGUUUUUUGUUUUUUGUUUUUUUUUUAAAUUUAGUUCUCAUUUCAUGUUCUAAGGUUUAGCAUACUUUAAUAAAAGUUUCAUUCUAGAACCAUGAACUUGAAAGGGGGGUUUACAAACUUUAUGCUGAACCUUAGGAAUCAUUGCAAAUAUUUACAUAAGAACUUGAUUGUGCUUAUCAGAUGCAUGUGAAUCCUAUCACGUCUAAUCAAUGAAUUUUAAUCACUUUAUUGCUGAAUA